CAACCUUAAUGCAAAUGAGGGAGGCCACGCCAAGCCAAACAACAAAACAUGGCGUCCUCCCGGGGCCAUGUGCGGUGGGUGGACUGACAGUUCUUUGUCCUUAUCAUCUGCUGCUUAUUUCGUUAACGGGGACCUUGUUGACCUCUGGUUGCGAGGUUUUGAUAUCCCAGAGCUACGCUCUAGAACUGAAUCCUGCCAUCGAUUUUGUGUAACCGCGACCCGCCAUGUUGAGCUGUUUAUGUUGUGACUCAUCGCGUCGCCCUCCCAAUUACCAGGCGCAAAUUAUGUUAGCGACCGACACGGCAGUUUGAGUCCACCUUCCACAAGCAGCUGAACAUAUGGACGUUUGCCAGGAUGAAACGGCGGAUUUACAUUUCUUCAAAACUCCAAGGACCUCUACCAGACGCCAGGCGAAGGUCAAGACCAAACAUGCGGAUAUAACGACCAAGGGUCCUUCAGAGGACGCGGGGAAUUGAACCACUGCCAGAACAAAGUUCAUUGUUGCCAGGUAUCGAGUUGCGUUUUACCCUGUCCAGAAUGACCUCCACGACUAUCGACUUUAGGGACCAGAGACACUUCUCAGAAACUUUCUACCAGUGUUGGGAAGAACUUCAGAAUGAUCCCAAAGAAAAUAUCGGACCAUACUUCGUCUCUGACAGAAAUCGGGCCAGCGUUGACACCUUAAUUCAUUCCAUUUACUCGUUGUACAAAGGCAGGCACAAUCACAAUGGGGUCCUUCUCACUGGGUGGAAGUCGGUCGGUAAAACGUUUUUGAUCGAGUCUCUCCGACAAGUAGUCCGGAGGAAACUAGACGAUAGAUUCAUCACAGCGUACGUAUUGUGUUCAAGUGGUCUCAAACUUCCCUCCGAAGCCUUGUAUGAGGAGGUACUAAAGUGCCAACCUCUGCGGGAAAAACUGAACUCCCUCCCCGCUGAAGUACAACAGAUCACACGGAGGGAUAUCAACGAAAUGAUCAGCUUUCUAGCCUCCGCUGGGAGGAGGCCAAUAAUCGCCGUGGACGAGCUGCAAGAGGCUUACAUCAAAACACACGAGCAUAGAGACAAGCAGAUACAAGGGGAAAACUUUGUCAAACAGCUGUGUGCAAUAGGGGAGUCCCGGGACGCCCUGGGCUGGCUCACGGGUAGUACCCGGUCUGUUAUAGCCUUGGCCUACCAACACGCAGGGUACGAAGACAUCCUGGAGAAGUACAUCCAAUACCCCUCCCUCAACGACAGUAAGUACAAAGAACGCUAUCUCUAUACCCUCAGGAGCCCCAGUGAUAUACGCAAGCUUUGGGAGAUCGUGAGAGAAACAGACUGGGUGCCUUCAGAUAAGGAUUUAAUCGACAUCUUCCGCACCACGGGGGGAGCGAUAGGCAGACUGGUCUACCUGGCCGAGAUGGGCGGGGACUGGGAGGGGCAGAGACGCCCGCGGUUCAACACCGACCACUUCACGGACGCCCACUGGUACGUCCUGACCAGACUGAUCGCCAAGUACAGCGACGUCCUGAAGAAGACCAACUCCGAGCACGACCUCUGGGACAUCCAGGACAUCACCGACGGGGACCUGAAGGCCUGGCUGGACGAGUACAACGAAAACUGUGACCCUGACGACAUGAUCAAGGACAGCUUCAAGUACAGGCUAGUAGACAACUACCUUCUGGAGAAAGGUGAAGGCGUGUACUCACCAAACGUGCAGUACUUGUGUGAAGCACCAAACCUACUCCAGAGAAACAACAACAAAUUCCUCGGCAUAUCUACCGACCUCGACGAAGAAAGGCCCGACUACUUCGUAGCUAAGAUGGCUGACCUCGUCACGUCGAUCCCAUAUGACGCCUCAAAGCAUAUAAACGAUAAAGAAGGGUAUGUCCACAUCAUAUUCCACACGGCGUUGUACAUAUCUAACAACAGACCAAUAUCAGAGCCGCAGACUGCUUCGGGUCGUGCAGACAUAUGCGUGGUCACAGCAAGAAAACAGGUCCAGUACAUCUUCGAAUUGAAACAUACAACAAAGAGGUCUGAUGUCAAGAAGCUGCAACAAGAAGCCAUGGACCAAAUCACAGCAAAAGGCUAUGACAAGAUGUCUUUCUUUGACAUGGACAAGCCGAUAUGGCAUGUAGCGAUAGUUCAUUGUUCUCAGCCAGUAACCAGAGGUAAACCGAGACCACUAGAACACAUUUGUGAGAGAGUUGUGCCAAGUAAGGAGACAGCUACAUCACCGCCAACCAAGAGGACCAGGACUACACCACCGCCAACCAAGAAGACCAGGAAGAGAUAGACCGAGACUGUCAGACAUGUAGUAUAGAUUUACUGUAAGUGCAUAUACUUUCGCAGUGGUGACAUGUUACCACAAAAUCAUAACACCUUAAAUAUGUGUUUUGUAGUUUGACUGUACUACAGAAUUAUUUUAACUGGUAACUGUGAACUUCAAACACAGUGAAAACCUCCUAAUCCCUCAGGCUCAUUUCACAAAAUAAAACCAAUGCCAAGUAAAUGCAUUUACAGUAUCAAAUUGUAGUCAAAUUACAAGCAUUGAUUAGAAAAAAAGAUGCAGCAAAGUAUUUCAUUACCAACUACAGAAGACCAGUGAUAUUUUUGUCCAUUGUCACCAUUGUGUGUGUAACUGCUUGGCAAACGUUAAACAGGUGUAGUGACCAAACAUCAUUUUGAUUUCAUAUGUACACUGCCAACCAUUUGUCAAUAUACACCACCCAAUUAUGUUGAUGUGCCAGUUCUCAUUGUCUGAAUUGUGUUAAAAGAUUAGUAGAGUAUACAUUAUGAUUUGAAGACAAUCUUGUGAUUUUAUGGUGCAAAGAAAAUGUAUCUGCUGUCUUAAGCUAAUAUGAAUUUUAUAUAUGGCAGCUUUUAUAAUUGUUAAAACCACCACAAAUGUGUGUGAGGAGACUGAUGCAGUUGAUAAUCAACCAGCUGCAAGAUCAACAUACAUGUAUUUUCA